ACACGCAAUUGUGUGUGUUGCAUCGUGUCGCAUGUCUUUUGAAAGCCUCAGGAAAAACUAACUUAUAACGCUUGCUGGAUGGUCUACACUCGUGUGAUAUAGUUACAGCUUCAUGGGCUUACUAGAUAUACUGCUUGUGUUUGUGUGUGUUUCAACAGGAAAAUAUUCUUAUACAAUAGAGGAAGAAACCAUCAGCGUGGAUCUGCCCCGCCCUCCAUCGUCUGCUAGCGGCCUGACGUCACGAUGAUCAAGUCCAAGGUCAAGGAGGUGACGGACUUCAGCAAGGCGGGCCGCAGCACCUUCAUCAGGGUGGAGCUCGACGCCAUCGUCAACAACAUCAACAUCCUCAAGUCCAAGUGUGAGGACCACACACAAAUCAUGGCCGUGUUGAAAGGAAACGCUUACGGCCACGGUGCUGUAACGGUGGCCAAACAUUUGAACUACAUUGGCCUGGAACAUUUCGCCGUGGCCACGUCACUAGAGGGCCAGGAACUACGGUCUAACUACAUCACUGGCUUUAUUCAAGUACUGGGCAGCUGUGCCGAGGAAGAGAUCGACACGAUGCUGCAGUACGACCUCACACCAACAGCCAGCACCGAGUCCUUCAUCAAGAAACUAGCCGAGAGGGCGGCGGUCAUCGAACCCUGCUUGAGUGUCGCCGGCAGUGAGGACGAGAUCCGGUCAACCGGCUUUAGUUCACCCGGCUCCCAGUCACCCGGCUGUCAGUCUCCCGGGUGUCUCACCCCAAGACAGCAUUACCCGGGCCGUCUGUCCCCUGGCCGCCACUCAUCCGACCCCCACUUCUCAGAGCGCCACUCCAAGGGACGCUACUCCCCAGAAGGAUACUCCCAGGGACGCCACUCCCCGAUACGUCACUCCCCAGAAAGCCAUUCCCCAUCAAGUUUUGGCUCUUGUAAAGUAGUGAGGACACGAAAGAACGUUUCUGUCGUGAUCAAAGUUGACACUGGCAUGUCCAGGAAUGGAUGCCAGGUGGAGGACCUGCCCAAUUUAAUCGAGACUUGCAAGAAAGAGGGCGUGACCGUCCACAGCAUCAUGACGCACUUUGCCCAAGCGUGGGACGACCCAGAGUUCACUGCCCUUCAACUGCAGACUUUCCUGACAGCCACCAAACAGUACAAAGAUAAAGGGAUCAAACUCCAUGCGGCCAACUCAGCUGCCAUUAUACGAGGUAUUGCCACUGAUCUGGACUUCGUUAGACCGGGUAUAGCUAUGUAUGGGCUACCAUUAGACUCUAGCCCUGAAACAGCACAGUCGUACCAGGAACUGGGCCUACAACCGGCACUGUCCUGGGUCGCUAGACCCGUCCUUAUAAAACACCUGGAGGCGGGUAGGAAGGUGGGAUACGACCAAACAUAUGUAAUACCAGAGGUGGCACAGAGAAUAGCGACCUUCAGCUUUGGAUACGCCGAUGGCUACAACAGACUCUUGUCUUCACAGGGCGUACUGGUAGAUAUGAAAGGCCAUGAGUACUCGGUGGUCGGCCGCGUUUCUAUGGACGCCGUCACCGUAAACGUGGACGAGAAAGUCGACGAGUCCACCAUCUUCUACGUCAUCAAAAACGACUACAGCGCCCCCAACUCGGCGGGAAACAUGGCCGCCAUGUUGAAUACGAUUCCCUACGAGGUCGCCACAAGCCUGGCCCAUCGUUUGCCGAGACUUUACUACCUGAAGAAAAUGUAUGUGUUCAGGGAGGAGUAGGCGAACAUAGGAUUGUACUAGGAAGAAUAGUCUGGGAUAGUGCAGGGCGAGUAGGCAAAGUCUGGG